AUGUAUUCGGCUACACUCAUUGUUUUCAGCGUUGCUACUGCUCACGCCGGUGUCGUGUAUCCGGUUCUGAUUGAAAGCAGAAGCGGCAACUCAAGAGGCGCUGUUCAAUUUUCUAAAGACUACGUCAUAGACUUGGAAGAAUCCAGUGUUUUAGGGGACCGUCUGUAUUUUUCCGAGGCUAGGGAUGGAGAGGUGAAUCACGAAUUGAUGGAUACUACAGACAUGCGUAAUAGUGUUUAUGAAAAUUCGGAACACAAGGCUUCCUUUACAAUUACUGAAACAAGUGUGGGAAUCGAAAUGGAAGGAUACCUAAACUUUACACACGGAAUUGAGCCACUGCGAAUACAUGACAAAUCCGGCCGAAUCCCUCACAGAAUAUUUCCGCUCCCGACGCCUGAGGAACCGAUACACUUGGAAAGUGACACUGCAGAGCCACCCGCCGUGUGGCGACCUGAAAUGUACGUCAUGUUUGACAGUGUAAUACACAAGUACCUGCAAGGAAACAAAGACCUACAGACUCGAUACAUCAUAAGGCUAAUGAACAUGGUGAAUGCUAUCUUCAAGACGGUUGGCAAGCCCCGAAUAAACCUCCAGCUUGUUGGAAUACUCGGAUUUCCGACGAAAGAAGAUGAGUAUUUUAUUGUGGAGGAAGAUAACCUAGUCGCAGCGAUCGACUCACUAAGAGCCUUUGGACCAUACACUGCAAGCACCACGUUCGCAAGGCCCGCCGAUUUCUACGUGAUGCUCGUUGGGCGCAGCUUAGGGAGACGUGACAAGAACACUCAGAAAUUAUAUUCUGAUAUUAACGGUAUCGCCUAUUCCGGAAUGAUCUGCGUCCAAGGCGUUAAUGUGGCAAUUUGCGAGGAAGAACCUCCUCUGUUCUAUGGAUUCACCACAAUAGCCCACGAAAUUGGGCAUUUGCUCGGGAGCGCGCACGAUGGAAGUGGUCCCUUGACAAAAAUCCAGAAUCAUCCUGGUGCUCUUGGCUGCAAGUACCCAGAUCAAUACAUUAUGAGUCAUGCAGCGAAACGUGGACCGCCUUUUGCGUUUUCAAGUUGUAGUGAAGCGCAGAUGGAAUUUGUUAUGAAGUAA